ACAGGACCUGUUGGGAGAAGUGAUACGUGAUCCUACUUUCGGACAUACUUCACAAUUUUUAUUUAAAUACGUUUGACGGGAGCUGAUCUUCAGGACCUGAAUGUUCGCUUUUAAUAUCCUUGCACAUUUUUUCUAAUAAGAGCCUGGGCCCUUAAUGAAGCUGGGGGUCAGCAGCAGUGUGUGGCUAAUUAGCCAAGUUUGCCUGGGGCUCCAGCUGCCUUUGAUUGAAGUGUCUAGCCAGGAGCCACUGCGCGGCCGCCGCUCCCUGCUCUGUUCCACUCCAACAGCCAAGACACUCGGUGCACCCCUGACUGCCUCUCCCUAAGAUGGCCCGCUGGGUCUCCCUUCUCCUCAUUGUUUUCUGCCAGUCCAUCUCACGAGCCCAGGAGAGCAGCGACAUCCCCAUCCUGGAGUUCACCACAGACACUCUGAUCAACAACGUGGUCCAGGACCCCCAGACCGGUCGCAUCUACCUGGGAGCGGUCAAUGCCGUUUACCAACUGGGGCCGUUGCUUCGCCUGGAGGCACGUGCUGAGACGGGCCCCAAGGAGGACGCGCGGACGUGUACGCCUCCAGCUUCGGCCUGUCAGGACACGAAGCUUAUGCCCAACCUCAACAAGCUUCUGCUGGUCCACUCGUCCAACGGUUCCCUCAUCGUUUGCGGAAGCCGCUACCGAGGCAUCUGCUCCCUUCUCAACCUGACCAACGUGGAGCAGCAGGUGUAUUACAGUGACAGUAAAGGAGAGAGGACUUACGUGGCCAGCAUAGAGGACAAUGUGAACGUGGUGGGCGUCAUGUCCACCUUCACAAAAGACGCAAACAACUUCAGUGUCUUUGUAGUGGGCAAGGGCUACGGAAGCCUGGACAGCACAAAGCUCAUCAGCACGCGAAUCCUUCAGGACUCCGGGGAUUGGGUUGUUUUUGAGAGCAUCAUCGAGGCCUCCACGGUGCAGACAACACCGUUUGUUCCCAAGUACCUGCACGAUUUCCGUCAUGCCUUCAAAGAGGACGGCUUCGUUUAUUUCCUUUUUUCACGAACGCUGGACGGUACAGACAACAAAAAUUUGACUUUUGUGUCCCGUCUUUGUGAAGAUGACCCCCACUACUACUCCCACACAGAGCUCCAGCUAAACUGUGGCCCCAAUAACAGAUUCAAUAAAGUCCAGGCCGCCCAUGUGGCCUCCCCAGGAAAGGAGCUGGCGCGUGUCAUGACGGCAACAGGUGCAUAUGGAAAUGUCAACACCUGGAAUAAAAUUCUGUUCAUGGUGGCGACUGCGGACGAUGACGACAACCACUCGGCGCUCUGCAUGUAUCCGCUCAACUCCAUCAAUGAGCGGCUGGUGGAUAUCAUCAGUGCCUGCUACAGUGAUUUUGGAAAGAUUUCUGGAUUUCCUGCCGUGGACAUUCCGUACUCGUCCAAAACAGAUGAGUUCUGCGCCUCAAAAAUUUCAAAGGAUACAUUGGAAAACUAUAAAUGUGGUGCAGACUUUCUGCCGUCCCCACUGGCCAGCAAGCCUCGAUUCGCCCUGAAGGCAAAUGAAGUGCUGACCAAGACAGGCCUCCUGACCGCUGUGGCCGUGGCUGUGGAGAAUGAUCACACCAUUGCCUUCUUGGGGAACAACCAGGGGGAGGUGUUUAAGGUACACCUGACCACAGAGUCGUACGUGUACAGCAAGACUCCAGGUGACACCAUGGGAGAGAAGGUCAACAAAAACCUUUUCUUUGACCCCAGUCACCUUUAUGUCACCACUGAGAAAAAGAUCAUUAGGGUUCCAGUGCAGACCUGCCUCCAGCACAAAGACUGUCAGUCGUGUGUGAGUCAGAGGGAUCCGUACUGUGGCUGGUGUGUCUUAGAGGGCAGGUGCACCAGGAGGUCCGAGUGCCGACGGGCAGAGGAGAAGAAUGGCUGGCUGUGGAGCCCCAAGAACCAGUGUGUCCAGAUCGUCUCCUUCUAUCCCCCAAACCUCUCCUGUAAAAAGACUCAGAAGGUGAGGAUAAACAUCCCCUCACUUCCUCCCAUCGGAGGCUCCGACCGUCUGCAGUGCAUCAUCAAGUCAUUCAAAAGUGAAGGAACCAUGGUGGACUCUGGUCAGGUCUCCUGCAGUCUGCCCCAACCCUCACAGAUACCACAAACACCUGAGGGUCAAGACUUCGUGGCUGUGGCUGUUAGCGUGUUCGUCAAUGGCACGGUGGAGCUGGCCACGCAGGAGUACAAGUUCUACAACUGUGCUGCCACAGUGAAGAAGUCUGAAAACACGCCCUGUGUGGCGUGUGUAGCCAGUCCGUGGGGCUGCCAGUGGAACGUUCAUGACCACACGUGCAGUGACAUGGACGACAGCGUGAUGGGACCAAACAUCAUCAAGCAACGGCAUGGAGCCAAGUGUCCUCAGUUUGAGAAUCCAGAUCCCGUGCUGAUACCUGUGGGCUACAAGACUCACAUCAGCUUCGAGGGGAUAAAUCUGGAACUCUACAAGGAUCGCACUUUCACAAUCGGCACAGAGCUGAUGAAAAAUGUGGAGGAAGAGGUCAGCUUCGAGAACGCGCUGUUCUACACCUUCAGCGGCUACAAUUUUUCCUACGAUAAAUCGCCCGAGACCAGCGUUCUAUUCUAUGUGAAGGACAAGGAGUCAGGAAAGAAGAUGGACAGCAUGCUGAAUGUCACUCUGUAUAACUGCUCCGUGGGGAGAGAGGACUGCAGUCUGUGUAAAAAUGCAGACCCCAAGUACAGCUGCAUGUGGUGCCCCACACAGAAGGCGUGUGUGUACGAGAAGCUGUGCAACACACAAGGCCUGGACGACCCGUACAACAUCGAGUGUCCGGAACCCCAGAUCACCGAUAUCAUUCCACGUUUCGGCCCCCUGCUGGGCGGCAUCUCCAUCACCAUCCGCGGCACCAACCUUGGCAUCAACAGGGAAGACAUUAAAAGCAUCACCGUGGCCAAACAGCCCUGUAUCCAUCAGGAGGAGAAGUACUCUGUCUCCACAAGUGUGGUGUGUGAGAUCAGACCAGUCGAUCAUCUGAGCGAACACUGGGGUCAGGUGGAGGUGGAGGUGGAGGGCGGGAAGAUAGGAACCUCCUCCAUGUUCUUCACCUACAGGAACCCGAUCCCUGAAGAGGUGAUGCCUGGUAAAGGUCCCAAAGCUGGAGGGACCCUCAUUACAAUAAAAGGGCGAUUUCUGGACACCGGCAGUAAAGAGGACGUCCAGGUCGCCGUCGGAGGAGUGGCCUGCAUUGUGGAGCACUUCGGAGCAGAGAUCACCUGCAGGACGGGGGAGUACCGAGCAGAUAAGGUGCCCUCCGACCUCCUCACUGUCUUAGUCAAGUAUGGGAAGAGCUUCACAGCUGCCAUUUCAAACGCCUUCCAGUUCCUGGAAAAUCCCAUCAUACUGGACCAUCAGCCCAAAGGAAGCUUUGUUUGCGGCGGGAGGAACGUGAUGGUGACCGGCUCUGGGUUUGAUCUGAUCCAGACUGCUGUGAUGAUAGUCGAAGGAGACAACACCACGUCGGUGGAGAACGCUCGCGACAAGAACGACACCGCCAUCCGUUUUCAGACUCCGGCGGUGAACAACUCUGUGACCCAGCACUUCAGAACCUUCGUCAAACUGGAUAACCUGUUGAAGGAGCUGAAGCCCUUUGACUACCACCCUGACCCUUCCUUCAAUAAACUGACGAAGAAGGUCAUCACAGAGACCAGCAUCAUCAUUGUCACUGGACGGGGAUUCUCUAAAGCCAUGACGGCAAAAGAGGCUCAAGCAUUCGUAGGCGAUGUUUCCUGUCUGGUCAACACGCUGCAGGAUGACAAGCUGUUCCUGGAUCCUCCCCCCACGCCACCACGGGCUCGAUCCAGGAGGCAACGCAGGGACACCAGACCUGAGCUGCUGGAUCUAAUGAUCAAAUUUGGGAAGGGAGAGUGGGUGGUUGGCUCUGUGCAGUACGAGAGUAAGAGCGAAUCGUCGCUCUACAUCAUCAUCCCUUCGGUCAUUCUGCCCAUGCUGCUCAUCAUCGCUAUUUCUGUCUACUGCUACAGGAGAAAGAGUCAGCAGGCAGAGAGGGAGUACGAGAAGGUGAAGCACCAACUUGAGAACCUGGAGGAGAGUGUGCGAGAUCGCUGCAAGAAAGAGUUCACAGACCUGAUGAUAGAGAUGGAGGACCACACCAACGACCUGAGCGAGGGACGAAUCCCGUUCCUGGAUUAUAAAACCUACACCGAUCGCGUCUUUUUCCUGCCGUCUAAGGAUGGUGCCAAUGAUGUCAUGAUCACAGGGAAGCUGGACAUCCCAGAGUCCCGACGGGCCACAGUGAACCAGUCCCUCAACCAGUUUUCCAACCUGCUGCACUCCAAGACCUUCCUCAUCAAUUUUAUCCACACUCUGGAGCGCAGUCAUGAUUUCAACGCCAGGGCCAAGGUGUACUUUGCAUCUUUGCUGACAGUGGCUCUGCAUGGGAAACUGGAGUACUACACGGACAUCAUGAGAACCCUGAUGCUGGAGCUGAUGGAGGAGUACGUCCACAGCAAGAACCCGAAACUGAUGCUGCGCAGGUCUGAGACAGUUGUGGAAAGGAUGCUCUGCAACUGGAUGUCCAUUUGUCUUUAUCAGUUUUUAAAGGACUCCGCAGGCGAACCCUUGUACAAACUGUUCCGCGCCAUCAAGCACCAGAUCGAGAAAGGACCUGUGGAUGCCCGAGUGAAGAAAGCCAAGUACACGCUUAACGACACUGGCCUGUUGGGCGACGACGUGGAGUACUCCGUCCUGACUGUGCAAGUGCUGGUGCAUGGUGAGGGGCCAGAUGUGACACCAGUCAAAGUGUUGAACUGUGACACCAUCUCACAGGUGAAAGAGAAGAUCAUAGAGCAGGUGUACAGGAACCUGUCGUACUCCCAACGGCCCAAGGUCGACAGUGUCACACUGGAGUGGCGUCCUGGAUCAACAGGGCAGAUUUUGUCUGAUCUGGAUUUGACUUCCCAAAAGGAGGGCAGAUGGAAACGCAUCAAUACCCUGGCACACUAUAACGUGCGAGAUAAUGCCACGUUAGUUUUAUCCAGGCUGCUCCACACUCCGCAGAACUACGACCAAAACCAAGAGAACCAUGAAGAACGAAAUGCUCUGCUGGAUGAUGACAAGGUAUUUCAUUUGGUGAGGCCAGCGGACGAACUGGACGACAUCAAAUCAAAACGAGGAAGCAUCAAAGACAAGUCGAUGACUAAAGCCAUUACAGAGAUCUAUCUGACGCGGCUCCUUUCUGUCAAGGGAACGUUGCAGCAGUUCGUGGACGACUUCUUCCGCAGCGUGCUGUGCUCUGGGGCAGUGGUGCCGCCGGCUGUGAAAUAUUUCUUUGACUUCUUGGAUGAACAGGCACUUAAACACAACAACGUGGACGAGGAGACUAUCCAUAUCUGGAAGACUAACAGCCUUCCCCUGCGGUUCUGGGUGAAUAUACUCAAAAAUCCUCACUUCACUUUUGACGUCCACGUGUCUGAAGUGGUGGACGCCUCGCUCUCUGUCAUCGCCCAGACUUUCAUGGAUGCCUGCACAAAGAGUGAACACAAACUCAGCCGGGACUCUCCAAGUAACAAACUACUCUAUGCAAAGGAGAUCUCCACCUAUAAGAAGAUGGUGGAUGAUUACUAUAAGGGCAUUAGGCAGAUGGUACCUGUCAGUGACCAAGACAUGAACACUCAUCUGGCAGAGGUUUCACGGUCUCACACAGACAAGUUGAACACUCAAGUGGCUCUCCAUCAGCUUUACCAGUAUGCCAGCAAAUACUACGACGGGAUCAUCGCUUCUCUGGAAGAGGAUCCAGGUGCCCAGAGUAAACAGCUGACCCUGCGGCUCCAGCAGAUAGCAGCCGCCCUGGAAAACAAAGUGACUGAUCUCUAACCCCUCUGAGUGAAGGGAGGAAGCUGGGUUAUGGUGUAGCCGGAUACUGCCAGUGACCAGAGGGGCUUUUUUUUCUUCUAUUCAGAGAUUUUAACAUGGAAAUAAGGAAAAGUGCGAGGGACUUGUGCAUUAUUGGUGUGUAUGGUAAACUGUAACGAACAGGGACUGAUGAAAUGCAGAUAAAUAGCAAAAAGCAAAAGGAAAUGUUGAGGUACGUGGUCUUAGGUAUGCCUUAAAGCUAACUUGCCAAACUUUAAAGGUCUGCUUGGUCCCUUAUGCUUCAUGCUAUAUACGUAGCUCCCUGAUGCUGUUCAGGACUUUUCUGUCUGACAACAAAGCCCCUCUGUGAAGCACUGGCAUAGCAGAUAAUCAGAUGUUCAAUUUCUUUCUGUCUAGAAAAAAGGUUUUAAGAAUUGUAUUAUAUAUUUUUUUUAUCGUGCCGUCUCCUUGCGGGAAGCUUUAUAAGAAAAAAAAAAUUAUCUUUUUAAAUGGAUCACCUCGUGGUGCAAAUAGUGUUUUUAUUAGCCUGUGUGUGCAUAGAUGUCUGUGUGAAGUUCAUGUGAACAAUAGCGGGUGUUGCUACAAUUCCAGUGCACGUUCACUUGGACUUUAAUAGUGUGUGAAUGUACGGAUACGUGUGUGCGCACACAGAAUGCCUACUAUCAGGCGUGGAGGUGAAGGUACGCCUGCUUUCUGUCAUUAUUGCCCCCGCCCUCUCUCCCACUCCCAACCCUUCACAAAGUGAAACACUGGAGCCAGUGAUAUGUUUUUAAAUUUUUUGCUUUUAGACCUUAGACUGUAAAUAAGAACUGGAUGGAACCAUGUCCUUUUGAGGGUGGAGCUGGGGAAUCAGCCAGAAGAACACUGGUGAUUUUGGAAGUGACAUUAGCUUAGGUUUUCGUGACACAAUCAUAUUAGCCUCUUCCUGUUUACUACCUAUUCUCUGAUACUUAUACUUUACCUUACAGUGGACCUAACUGUCUGCAUGAAGUGUCAAAGAAUGAUCGAGACGGUAAAAACAUUGAUAUUCAUUGUAAAUCUUUCUUGCACAUACAUUUUUUACGAACCACAUCAAACCCAGCGUUACAGUUGUGGUGUUUUUCCACAGCCUCACCCAACAACCCCACAGGUGUUGUCCAGUUUCUACAUACAGUCUAUGUCUGAGACCACCGGGUUCUCAUAAGGACACUGUACAUUAACUAAACUCUGUCCUUAUCAGGACACUGGUUAAUCUAGUAAUGCACUGGCUCAUAUAAAUAAGCGUGGUAUGUACACCAGGUCACCAGUUAUUUCAAAGACGGUUGAGAAAGAAAAACAAAACAAAAUAAAAAAAACCUUUUUUUCUGUUUUUAGUCAGAAAGCCGUUUGUGCUUAUGGAAAAGAAGAACAGCACAGUGUAUCUCCCUUUACUGUACAGUGCCAUGAUACAUAACAUUCCACUUCAAUUUAAAGCACACAGGGGACGUUUGUUAAGGCAUUUCAUUUGAUGACUGAUUUUUUAAUUUGAAUUUUAUUAUUAUUAUUAUCCUUUUCUUUGUUAUAAAAAUGUCUUUUAAACAAGCAGUGAUGAUAUAACUCUGUCUUGGAGCCAUGUCAUGUCAUAUUAGCCCUGCAAUAAUGUAAGAAUACCUUGAGCCACUGAUGCAUUAACGUUUUAAUGUUAUCCACACAGUAGUAAAUUAGCAAUAUGCUUUGGUUGUUUUAUCUGGUACGUGCAUUUACUGGGCUACGGUUUUUAGUGCCAUUCUUUUAGUAUUACACCUAUAAUCUUUCAGUUAGUUAUCAUGCAUUCUGCCUCUAAAGCUCUGAAAGACCCUUUUGCAUUUCGUGUGGGCGAUCUCUCAGAGAUGCAGUCGGUACUAAAAUAGAACACUCUGAACAAAUGAUAGUGGUCCUAGCCUUUCUACGGUGUGGGUGGGAUGGGGUUGGGGUUCGUCACAUUCACUCAUGUACAUAAGUGUUAUUAUAAUUGGAAUAUUGACAUGUCAGUGUCAGAGCCGGGCUGUUGACAGGAUGGGAGUGAGGGUUUGAUCAUUCUUGGUCCAUUAAACGCCACCAUGCUCUAUCCCUCAAUUGUAGGUUUUGGUGUUGACGGAUGAAUUAAUUGUCCUGCCUCCGUCUGAUCGUGAAAGUGCGUGCGGCCGAUGGAGCAUAUUGAGCUUGAGAGACGUAGAAUGUUAAUGGUUCCUGCCGUGGACAGAGGAGGGGCUAGCAGAGACCCCGCGUCUGCCAGGCUGCCUGCAGUCUCAGCAUGGCACCUUGGCUUCCUGACCAACAGCACUUGGCGCUGCCCACUCAGUGCAGUGCAGAGUGACACUCUGUAUAAUGGAAUCAGCGGGGAGGCUUUUGAUCUUAAUUGCAAGCCGACUGCAGCCUCCAUCCCUGUCUCCACUCUUGUUUACUGCUCACUCCUGUCUCGCUGACUGAGUCGAUGCAAGACGCUUCUUUCAGAGCAUUUCUUUAACCACAAAUGUGCCUUAUUGAAUAGGAAGAUACAUAGAUGUAUUGUUUCUAAAUUAACCUUGGUGAUUAUGAUGAAGAUAGUGCUAUAGACACAGCAAUGUAUUUGGACUUGUGAUAUUAUGUGUGCUGUCUAAAAUGGUGAAAGCCCUGCUGCAGCCAUUUGUGUGCCAAUAGGCUGAAGACUAUUCAGUAUGAUUUCUUUUACACUUGCAGUUUCCACGUGUGCAUUUCGUUUGGGUGUUUGUGGUGUGUGCUUACUAGGACUUUAAAGGCAGUGGCAAAAAAAAAAAAAAAAAAAAGCCAAAAUUAAAUCAUGUAUAUCAGUGGCCAAUGUGAUUUCUAUCGCUCUUAAAAACAAGUUAUUUCCAAAUUAGUCUGGAGUCAAAACGUCGCCCCAUAUGUAGAUUUGAAUAUAGCGGAAAAAUUGUUCCAAUUGUGUUGUUUUGCCCAGUGUUUUUAAGCUAUACCACGGUGUGAACGAUAAAUGACUAUCUAUACUCGACAAAUGACCUUUCUUACUGCUGUGCAGUUAUUAUUUUUAUUUCUUGUUUGCUAUAUCAUAUGAAUCUUUGUAAAACAUGUUGAAAUACUGUAUUCUAACUGUAUAAUCCUAUGCAUUGAGUUCUGGGAGAAAAAAAUGAAAAGAAACAAGAAAAAAAAA